AAAGAGUUCUGCUAUCGGUAAAAGCAGAAGAACCCUAAUUUGAUACUGUUUAUAGUCAUUUUUUCCUAAGAGUGUGUAUAUAUCAAAGCGCUUCAGGUCACUUCUGAGACUGAUUGGACCCUUCAAAGCACAGCAGGCGCUUUUGAUUUGUGUCUGUGUUGGUCCCAGAAAACCCACCCACUCCUUCAUUAAACAUCACUUUCCGGGUGACACUUUGCUUCUUAAAUUUUCAUUAAACGCAGUGUGGCCCGAAGACUCAGACGCAUUAAUACCACACGCACAUAAGAGCAUCGAGGCGGACUCUUCUGUCACAGCGAGAGACUGGGCGUGAAAAUGUUUAUCUGGGGCUUUGGGAUUAUCAAUGAGCAAAUUACCUCUGAUCCAGCAGAGGGUCUCAGGCAGACUGUGUGCUUCUGCCAGGCUCCCUCUCUAGGGCUUAUGGGAGGAUGGAAGAAAGCUGGGACACUUUAUUUUGAAGUAGCCUAUAUUCGUAAAGUCUCAUUAUUGAUUCUGGGUUUUCUUUUCUACUUGAUAUCAUGCCCCUCCCCUUUUUCUUUUGGAGUAGCAGAGUGAGUGUUUUGUUGGAGGCUGGUGGCUCACGCUGAAAGAGCCGGACUCCCAGGAGGAUUCCUCUCACUAGCAGCCCUUUCAUAGCUCAGCCCUGGGCGACUUUCCUCGAGCUGCACCCAUGACUCUCCAUACGCACACGCUGCAUGGAUAUGGACUCUAUUAUUUCUUGGCAUUGCUGACACUUUUCAUGUUGCAAGCCGACGGGCUGCAGUGUUAUGCUUGUAACAUUGUGCAUAACCAGAGGUAUGUGGACGUAGGCUGUUCCAGGCCCGAAAUCAUCACCUGCUCCCACUCCCACAAGGGCUUCAAGCAUCGCUUCUGCAUCAGAACUGAAAGUGUUGCUCUGGGAGUGAUGCUGACCAGCGGAUGCGCCACAGCUCGACACUGCCACACGGAGGAGCUACCGGGAGUGAACAUCCACUGCUGCGACUCUAAUCUAUGCAACAGCGCCACCAGCUGGCGGACAAACACACUGAUGCCUGUUUACUCAUUGACGUUUGCUCUGGUGCUGUACAAUGUGCUACUUUGGACGAAAUAACUGCGUGAGGAAAUAUAAAUCAAGCAAAUCAAAGAAGAAUCACGGCAGCUACGCUUCUGAUGCAAAGAGGAGACUUGGACAUAGUAUUAUAAACUCUUUGAAUACAGACAUUGGAGUAUUUUGUGUGGAUAAAAAGAACCUUCUUUAUGUGUUUCAUCUGAUCUUCAUGUUAAAGGAUAAUUUCUGGGAGCAAUCCUCAAAAUUUCUCUGUAAGUCUCAUAUGGAGUUUUUAUGGUCAACAAUAAAAACAUUGUUUUUUUU